ACUCAACGCCGCAGUCGCCGUCGGCAGGUGUGUUAUCCAGGUUCUUCGUCAUACGUCUCCUAGGUGUGUACAAAACUUAUCCGAAAAUGGGCGAAAUGGCUACUGAUGCAGCGGGCGCACCUGCUCCUCGCCUGUGCCACGUUGUGAAGUGGGAGGAUUUCGAUGGAUACGGCUUCAACCUGCACGCGGAUAAGUCCAAACCGGGCCAGUACAUCGGAAAAGUGGAUCCAGGAUCACCAUCGGAGGCUGCCGGUCUAAAGGGGGGCGACAGAAUCGUUGAGGUUAAUGGUAUCAACAUUGCUAACGAGAACCACAAACAGGUGGUGGAACGCAUCAAGCAGUUUCCGAAUGAAACUCGUCUGUUUGUGCUGGACGACGCGGCGGAUGACUACUGCAAGUCAAUGAAAGUCGUCGCUAAGAGCACCGACGCGAAUGUAAUCCACUUAAAAACUCCCAGAUCAAAGCAUGGUGACCAGGAUGACAACGAGGACAUGCCUACCGUGAGGCUCUGUCACCUGCGCAAGUGGCACGACUACGACGGCUAUGGCUUCAACCUGCAAUACGACCAGAGCAAGCAGCAGGAGUUUAUCGGUAGCGUGGAUGCGGACAGUCCCGCAGAGACAGCAGGCAUCAUGGAAGGAGACCGUAUCAUUGCUGUCAAUGGGGAUAACAUUGAGGGCGAGUCACACAUGCAGGUGGUCCAGAAGAUCAAGUUCAACCCUUCUGAGACACGACUGUUGGUUGUGGAUACUACAGCUUUCAAUUUCUAUCAAUCGCGCUCUCUCAAGAUAUCUACUAGCCUGAGAGACGUAAAGUACAUGGAGACUCCUGUUCCACGCCCGGAUUCUAGAGCGGCCAAUGGUCACACUGCCGGACAGGACAUUGAGCAGGCCACGGAACGUCAGAUCACCAUUCCAGAUCCACUAUCUGAACCUCUAGCUGCUGAUGAACGACACUCUGAUGAUUUACCUACUAGUACUAGUGAGGUGGAAGCUGCCGUCGUCGAUCACAUUGCUGCCGUGUCGGUGGAUGACGAUGCGCCCUCUCCCAGGCUCUGCCACCUCGUCAAGUGGACGGACUUUGACGGGUACGGCUUCAACCUGCAGUACGACAAGCACACGAGCACAGAGUACAUCGGCGACGUCGACCAGGGCAGCCCCGCUGACCUCACGGCGAUGAAGAAAGGCGACCGCCUCAUCGAGGUCAACGACGAGAACAUGGAGCGUCGCGAGCACGCGGACAUCAUACGGCACAUCAAGUCCAACGCCAACGAGACCCGCCUCCUGGUGGCCGAUCGCGAAACCUACGACUACUACAACGACAAGGGCAUCACCAUAACGGGCUCGAUGAAGAGCGUCGCGCAUCACAAGACACCGGCACGGCAGCCGAGAGCCAACGGUCCCGAUGUUGCAGACGAGUCAGAUGACACACCUCACAUUAGACACUGCACGAUUCGUAAAUGGCCGGACUUUGAUGGUUAUGGAUUCCACUUGUCACACCAUGGUACAAACGAAUUUGUUGGAGGUGUGGAUGAAGGAAGUCCAGCAGAGGCUGGUGGUCUUAGGAAAGAUGACCGGGUAGUUGAGGUCAAUGAUACGGCUGUGGAGGGCAAGACCCAUAACAAGAUUAUAGAAUUGGUCAAGCAGAGACCUCUGCAAGCUUCCUUCCUCGUUGUUGACCAAGAAGCUGACAAGGUGUUCACCAAUAGAGGAAUCAAGAUUGUGGCCACGCUUAAGAAUGUUGAGAGGCUGGAAACCCCUGAGCGUCAGGCUCAGGUAGCUGAGGAGGAUAAAGACAUGCCUGAGGUGAGACUGUGCACCAUCCACCAGUGGCCAGAUUUUCAGGGCUUUGGCUUCAAUGUGAGGUUUGAGAAAACAUCUCCGCUGAAGUUUAUUUCGCAUGUAGACCUAUCAAGUCCGGCCGGAGCUAGUGGUGUUAGAAUCGGUGACCACCUUAUUGCAAUUAAUGGCCAGAACGUGGAGGCCAAAGAUAAGCGGGCCGUUGUGCACAUCACGAAUUCAAACCCAACGCAAGCAGAGCUGCUGGUUGUUGGUGACAGUGCUUAUAAAUACUACAAGUCACGUAACAUCCGAAUAUCGUCUCAAUUAAACAAUGUCACAAAAUUGGAGACUCCAGUACCAAGGCCCGGAACCGAACUGAAGGACGAUAUCCCACCUGUGAGGUUAUGCAUCAUUCGAAAGUGGCCAGACUACGAUGGCUAUGGAUUUGCUCUUCAUUAUGACGUGCCGAAGCAGCACACAUUUAUUGGUGGUGUUGAUGAAGGCAGUCCAGCAGAGGCUGGUGGUCUUAGGGAAGGUGACCGGGUCACUGAGAUCAAUGACGAGGUCGUGGAGGGCAAGACCCAUACUGAGGUUAUAGCAUUUGUCAAGCAGAGACCUCUGCAAGCUUCCUUCCUCGUUGUUGACCCAGAAGCUGACCAGUUGUUCACGACUCGAGGAAUCAAGAUCGUGGCCACACUGAAGAAUGUUGAGAAGCUGGAAACUCCCAUUAGGGAAGCGAAAGCGGCUGAAGUUGCAGCAGAACCUGAGUCUGAGGACCUACCUCACAUUAGGCACUGCACCAUACGCAAGUGGCCGGACUUUGACGGAUAUGGAUUCCACUUGGCACGUCAUCGGUCUACAGAUGAGGAGUGCAUUGACAAUGUUGAUGAGGACAGUCCAGCAGAGGCUGGUGGGCUGAGGGAAGGUGACCGGGUUAUUGAGGUCAAUGAUAUGGCUGUGGAGGGCAAGACCCAUGCUGAGGUUAUAGAGCUGGUCAAGCAGAGACCUCUGCAAGCUUCCUUCCUCGUUGUUGACCAAGAGGCGGACAAGGUGUUCACUGAUAGAGGAAUCAAGAUUGUGGCAACACUGGAAAAUGUUGAGAGGCUGGAAACGCCUGAGCGUCAGGCUCCAGUUGCUGUUGUACCUGCAGUUGCUGAGCCAGAGUCUGAGGACUUGCCGCACAUUAGGCACUGCACCAUCCGCAAGUGGCCUGACUUUGACGGCUAUGGGUUCAACCUGGUCUGCGAUGUUGCAAAGGCGGAGGAGUUUAUUGGGAAUGUUGAUAAAGACAGUCCAGCAGAGGCUGGUGGUCUUAUGAGAGGUGACCGGGUCAUUGAGGUCAAUGAUGUGGCUGUGGAGGGCAAGACCCAUGCUGAGGCUAUAGAGCUGGUCAAGCAGAGACCUCUGCAAACUUCCUUCCUCGUUGUUGACCAAGAGGCUGACAAGGUGUUCACUGAUAGAGGAAUCAAGAUUGUCGCAACACUGGAAAAUGUUGAGAGACUGGAGACUCCUAUUCGGGAAGCUAAAGUGUCUGAAAUUUUGGCAGAACCUGAGUCUGAGGACCUACCUCACAUUAGGCACUGCACCAUACGCAAGUGGCCGGACUUUGACGGAUAUGGAUUCCACUUAGAUCAUCAUUUGUCCAAAGACGGAGAGUGCAUUGGCAUUGUUGAUGCGGGCAGUCCAGCAGAGGCUGGUGGUCUGAGGGAAGGUGACCGGAUCAUUGAGGUCAAUGAUGUGGCUUUGGAGGGCAAGACCCAUGCUGAGGCUAUAGAGCUGGUCAAACAGAGACCUCUACAAGUUUCCUUUCUCGUUGUUGACCAAGAAGCUGACCAGGUGUUCACCGAUAAAGGAAUCAAGAUUGUGGCCACACUGAAAAAUGUUGAGAGGCUGGAAACGCCUGAGCGUCAGGCUACAGUAUUCAAGGUCGAGCAGCAGGAAGCCGAGGCGGAGGAUGACCUUCCCCCGGUGCGGCUGUGCACGAUCCGCAAGUGGAGCGACUACGACGGCUACGGCUUCAACCUGCAGUACGACAAGGGGACGAGGCAGGAGUUCAUCGGCAGCGUCGAGGACGGCGGCCCCGCCGAGACGGGCGGCCUGCGCGGCGGCGACCGCGUCGUCGAGGUCAACGGCGAGAACGUCGAGGGCAAAGGUCACGCCGAUGUCGUCGCGCUCGUCAAGCAGCAUGCGACGCACGCGGCGUUCCUCGUCGUCGACGUCGAAGCCGACCGGCUGUUUGGUGCGCGCGGCAUGAGGGUGCUCGCGACGCUAGGCAGUGUGACGAAGAUGGAGACGCCCCUACCACGGCCCGGCAACGUCAUACUACCGAGGAACGAGGACAAUGGCAUCCCAGACAGUGUGCCCCGCCCACGACUGGCCCAUGUCUGCAAGUGGCCGGACUUCCAGGGUUAUGGCUUCAACUUGCUGGCUGACAAGAAUGGACUUGGAGAGUUUUUGGGCGAUAUCGACAAAGACGGACCAGCGGACCUGGCCGGACUUAGGAAGGGAGACAGGAUCGUUGAGGUCAAUGGCAGCAAUAUUGAGAACGACAGCCAUCCGCAGGUCGUCAACAAGAUAAAGGCCAUGCCGGACAACACAAAGAUGUUGGUGGUCGACAGCGAAACUGACGAGUACUACAAGUCGCGAAACAUAGCGGUCAGCGGUAGCAUGGACAACAUUGACUAUAAGAAGACCCCGGCUAGCCGACCGGCCUCUAGCAUGAGGAUUAAUGGAGAUUCAGAGACUAGAGCACCUGCUCCCGUCUCUUCCCCCGCCGCACCACCAUCGCAGGCAGAUGGUGACGUGACGUUCAACAUGACUGCGAGCGAGCUGAGGGCGAGGCUGCAGUCCAAGAAGAAGAAGGAUCCCCGAAUGAGCGCACAGCUCGACGCAAAGACGAAGAGCGACAUGUUGAACAAGCUAUAAAAGCCCAGGCGGCAACUACACACAGAGGUCUUCUCUCUCAUGAUGUCUAACAUAAUCAUCAGGUGCAGGAAAGUACUGCACCACCGUCCAGAACAUCCUGUAAUCAUGAAGUUAUUCAGAUCGUGAGAUGGUGGUAUUCCUUAUGUCGGUGGACGCGUUCCUGGAUGUUGCAUAGGUGCCUUAAAUCACCGAAAUUCUAAGAAAAAUUUUCACAGUUAUGGCGACUAGGUCGAAAGAUAGAUUUGCAUUCUCUAGCUGGAAAAACAAAAUGUGAAAAAAAUAAUAUACUAGAAUUGUCAUAUGAACGGUGUAAAAUGAAACGCCCAAGUUAAGACAGCAUUUCCGCGCACUUGUAUUUAGAACUGUGCACGCAAUUUACGAAUAAUAGUAUCCUCCAAUUCUAGUGAGAAACAAGGUGGUCAGGCAGAUUAGAUACACCCUGCGUGCUUACACGCUCGGUGUGUAAUUCCCAACGCAAAGAAUUUCACUUGGAAAAUAUUGAUUACUCAUCUAUAACACUUGCAUACGAAAACGGGUGGCAACUUCAUUUCGCACUGAGGGAAAUUGCCUAUUUCCCUUUCGCCAUGUAAAAUACAAUUUCUCUCAUUUAGAUACACUCGUGAUCAUUGAUGGUAAAUUUGCGAUGCAAAUAUUUCGCUGGACAGUCUCGGUUAAAGUGAAAAUAGCAGAGUAAAGUCUUGCUACUGCGGUGGCUAGGCAGAUAGACGCUUACGUAGUGUAGGUAGACGGUGCUGUAAAGUUUAUUUGCUGUUGUUAUAAUCACCGAUAAAUAUUACCACUAUUAUAAUAUUCAAGAGAAUUGCAUGCAAAUGAAUUUAUAGCGUUUCGGUUGUGAAGAUGCAAGUAUUGGACCAUAUAAAUAGUGGCAGCAAUAACGUUUCCAGCAGGACUUUCUAUGUAUUGCAGUAUUAUUAGUUCUGGGUUUGCUAAAGGCUUGAGACAAACUCUACCACGUUGCUUAUUGUUGUACGCUGCUACUAGCAACAAUGUCACUAUUUUGUAAACAAACAGUGCCAACACUGUUUUGUGGGCAAUGGGCGCUGUUCCGUAACACUAUUCACAGAACUGAUGACGUUGUAAUGUAGCGAAUAUAGUAAGUACUUAUAUUGCUGCUGGAUAUGUUGUUGAUGCCACUUGAUGUCGUUACCUAUCGUGUAAUAGUAAAAACCAAUGAGCGGUGUGGUGUUAUUACCUGCAGUGGCAACUUUCUGUCUGUGAUGUAGUUAUGUGUUUCGUCUUAUCAAAAGCUAUCACAUAUUAUGCGCCACCUACAACCUUCAAAACUUCGUUCCUUUACAACUGGCGGAUUCUAACCUGUGUUGUCGUUCAAGCACGUGCACAGGCCAAAACUAUACUGCGUGCCAAAUGUAGAAGUAUUGGGAUAUUUGUGGUAGGAUUUGACAGACUAACGUGUUGACCAUUUUUCUGGUGGUAGCCUUAGGUCCCCUUAUGUAGCCUGUGGAAGCAUUGGCAAUUAGAAAGUGGGGUUAGCAUGGAUAUCUACUCACCCCGGAGCGAGCUCCUUGGUUUGCGCGCCCCCUACCAACCUGCGUAGCGGGCCAGCAGUGUGUGUGUGUGUGUGUGUGUGUGUGUGUGUGUGUGUGUGUGUGUGUGUGUGUGUGUGUGUGUGUGUGUGUGUGUGUGUGUGUGUGUGUGUGUGCGUGCGUGCGUGCGUGCGUGCGUGCGUGCGUGUGUGCAGGUUGGUAUCGUGCGCGGGUGGUGGGAGAUCCUCUAUAAUUGACCUGUAUCGUCGUUACUCUGGCUGAAUUAUGCCGUUAUAUUACGCGUUAGUAGUACUACGCGCAGUGUAGCCAAGCAGGCUGAAUCGAACAACUCGCGCCCAGUGUAGGGAGGCACGUGUAUAGUUUAGAAGAUUCAGGUGUAUGGUUGAACUGGCAGGUAGCGCGUCCGUGAAAACUGACGUUUUUGAGGUUUUCGGCGGUCGUUUAGCGGUUACUACCGUCGGAUACCAUAUGACAGUAGUCUAACAGCAAAAACAUUGAAAUUCGCGUGUCUGCAGACAUGGCUGUCUCGCUACGGCUCAUGUACAGUAGUUUUCCACUUGAUCGAACCUUUGGACGUGCAGUGUACUUAUUUGACCCUGUAGGCGAGGACGCCCGCAGAUUACAGCGUCUGCGAGUGCGACAGAAGUAGCCAGUGUAAACACUCACAACACGUGUAUUGUCUUUGGAGCGUCGUGGCAUGAGCAUGGAUAACAGGAAGGUUUAUGUGUGGAUAACUAAGACGAGUCGUAUAUUUUUAAAGGACAUGUAGAAACAAAUUGGUGCAAACUAUUUUUGUGAUGUACCCACCAUAGUUCAUGCGGUUACAUUUUGGAUCGGAGUGGCAUAUUAAUUACCCGUUAAACAUAAUUGUAUACCCAUUUUGUAUUCGUAGUUUUAUUUACCGCCCCAUACACCGUUCCUUUCAAUCCCUUCCAUGUUUGUAUAUUUUAGUACCGAUAGGUUUAAGUCAAUCUGUCAUCAGUUUAACUCUGCUGGGCUGCCAGAUUUACGAAGAAAGGCGUUUGCGCUUGUGGGGUGUUGUAAAGUAGUCAAUUUCAGUAUUUGUUCGGGAAUUUGCUGUUAUUUAGCAUCCUUUAGUAUAGACCUCUAUAUGCUACUCAUGAAAGAAAUUUAUUCCUUAAUUAACAUUCCUAGCUUGUGGUAAAGUUAUCAUUCCUAUCGUUGCUCUUAUCGGAAUACCAUUUCCGAGGGCCUUAUUAACAGGUAAUAUAUUUCCAUUGAAAUUUGAUGAUUCCAUUACAGUAACGUUCACAUUGUUAGUGGUGGACCAAGUGGAGGUUAUGUCGCAGUAGGUGCAGAUUAGCGUGAAAUUAUUACGUUUAGGUGUCGUGACAAAGGGAAAGAUUUGUAUCCCGUCGCUCUGUCUCAGAAAUGAGCAGGCGGUGAAUUUACGGAACGUACUCGUGAGGAUAGUAUUCGCGAGUGCUACGAAUGUACGGCAUUCCUUCGCGAGUACGCGGGAAAACGACACGUGAUCACGAGAAAGCCGCGUAGCAGCAGUGAAGGCUUGAUUUACUCGCUUGCUCGGUGUAGUAGUAUUUCAGGGGAUUGUCACAAAUUGAAUGACCGCAACGCAAGCAUAUAGUUUUCUGAUUAAUUGUCUAUGAUUUACCGAUUCCUUUAUGAAUAAUAUUGAAUUAAAGCUAAACACGUGUAUUUGUCGUGACAGGAUGGUUCGCGCAGUAAAAUGCACUGUGUAUCACUUGGCUACACAUACGUUAAUAAAUAUAUAAAUCUAUAUCUCAGGUUAAUAAUCUUGCAAUAUUAGUGUAGUUGUCAUGACUAAUGUCACUAUAUUUGAUUUAGAUGCAGACAUUUGGCGUGCUUGUUGGGCGUGCAGCACUAGCGUUUUAUAGUGUCCCCACGUAGACAUCGGCUGAUCGUACCGUCAUCGGGUAGUUUCAUUCUGGAUAUUUAGUAGUGUUGCAAGCGUGAUUAGCUCGUGAUUUCUCGCGUGAUUGCAUCGGUAUUUUUGACUAUAUUGCUUUAUAGCUGUCGCCGCUUAGCACGUGGUUAUAUAUGCGAGUUCGUUGAACUGCACUGUGUCAAGCAACGAUUUCUAAAAUGGAAUUUAUAAUAACAGAUAUAAAUAUAUAUAUAAUUAAAUUUAAUCAGAAGAU